AGGCCGGACGAUCCGCCUUCUAAUCGUACCUUUUCUUUUCCUUUUUAUUUUAUUUACCCCCCCCCCCUUUUUUUUUACACCCCUUUUCCUUUCAUUUUCCAUCAUUCCCUUUUUUGCCAACUAUUCUUUCUUUUCCUCUCCCACCAUUUUUCGUUACUAUUCCCUUGAACGUGAAGUGAGAAAAUACAGAUUAUCGACGGUUAAAUUAUAGUUUUGAAUAACGUUGUGAAUUCCUGAAGUUAAAACAGUCGUAGGAAUAUAGUUUUUUCUUGGUGUUAAAACCAUUAGUUCGAUUAGUUGCAAAGAUAGCGAUGAACUGUUAAUUAAUUAGUGUAAUGGUUAGUUACAACGGUUGAAUAAUUGAUUCGUUUAUAAAAAUUAUGAUAAAACCGUCGUGACUGUAAUACGACUUUAAUUUCGUCAAAUUCGUUGAUAGCAAAAAGUUUACCAAACACAAGGAAUAAAAAAAAAAAAAAAAAAAAAAAAAAAAUUAACGUUCAAUAUAAACGCGAUCUUUAGUCAAAAUAAAACGCCGUCGUGAUUUUUCAAUGCGUAAAAUGACAAACCUCGUUGUGAAAAUGACGUAGUUAUUUUUAAAAAGCGGGAAAAACAAAUGAAAAAAUGAUAAUGAGUGAAAAAAGAAGAGACACCGGUGGAAAAUUUUUCAACCAAGUGCAAGGAAUCGAGCAGAAAAUCGGUGACUUUUAAAGUGACGCGUAGAAUGGUCGGAUUUACCGGCAGUCUGUAGGAUCUUCGAAUGACGGCGUGAUAUUCCGCGUCUCGGCGUCAUUCGUGGGUGUUGAUAACAAGGUGAAGUCGAAGUGGAAGGAGGGGGGCGGGGAAGGAAGCGCGUGGGGCGUUCCGGAACCGGAAAUGGCCACAAGGCUGCUUCUGUUGGCGGUCUUCGUCGCCUCUGCCAGUGCCCUUCCUGAUUUCAUUAGGAUAGGUGGGUUGUUUCAUCCGGUGGACGACAAGCAGGAGGUCGCUUUUCGUUACGCCGUGGAAAAGAUAAACGCGAACAGGGAAAUCCUGCCGCGUCCUCGUCUCAGCGCUCAGAUUGAACAGAUUUCACCGCAGGACAGUUUUCACGCUUCUAAACGCGUCUGUCACCUCCUGAAGAACGGAGUCGCCGCGAUAUUCGGACCCCAAAGUCCCCACACGGCGUCCCACGUUCAGAGCAUAUGCGACACUAUGGAAAUUCCGCAUCUCGAAACCCGAUGGGAUUAUCGGUUGCGACGAGAAAGUUGCCUCGUUAAUCUUUACCCCCAUCCAACCACCCUCUCAAAGGCGUACGUCGAUCUCGUAAAGGCAUGGGGAUGGAAAAGCUUCACGAUCAUAUACGAAAACAACGAGGGACUUGUCAGGUUACAGGAACUCCUCAAGGCCCACGGACCCAGCGAAUUUCCGAUCGCCGUUCGGCAGCUUGGCGAAGGCCUGGAUUACAGACCGCUUCUAAAGCAGAUCAAGAACUCGGCCGAGUCUCACAUAGUCCUUGACUGUUCUACGGACAGGAUAUACGAGGUCCUGAAGCAGGCGCAGCAGAUAGGGAUGAUGAGCGACUACCACAGCUAUCUUAUAACUUCUCUGGACCUGCAUAGCGUUGACCUGGAAGAAUUCAAGUAUGGCGGUACCAAUAUUACUGCCUUCCGAUUGGUUGACCCGGAAAAGCCGGAGCUUCAGAAGGUCGUCCGUGAUUGGAUCUACGGCGAGCAGCGCUAUGGCCGAAAGCUCGACAUGGGCCAAAACACUAAUAAGGACAACCUGACAUUCAUAAAGACGGAAACCGCGCUGAUGUACGACGCCGUUCACCUUUUUGCUAAGGCUCUCCACGACCUUGACACCUCCCAGCAAAUCGACAUAAAGCCUCUGUCAUGUGAGUCGGUCGAUACUUGGCCGCACGGUUAUUCGCUGAUUAAUUACAUGAAGAUCGUCGAGAUGCGCGGUCUGACUGGAGUCAUCAAGUUCGAUCAUCAGGGCUUCAGGUCCGAUUUUGUCCUCGAUAUCAUCGAGCUCAACAGCAAAGAGGGUCUGAAAAAAAUCGGCACGUGGAACAGUACUGAAGGUGUAAACUUCACAAGGACCUACGGUGACGUCUAUACUCAGAUCGUGGAAAGCCUGCAGAACAAAACCUUCGUCGUGACAACGAUAUUGAGUUCUCCAUACUGCAUGAGGAAGGAUUCCAGCGAAAAGUUAACCGGAAACGCGCAGUUCGAGGGGUACGGUAUCGACUUGAUACACGAGAUAUCUCGUAUACUCGGAUUCAAUUACACCUUUAGACUGGUUCCCGACGGACGGUACGGCUCUCUGAAUAGAGAAACGAAGGAGUGGGACGGGAUGAUGAAGGAGCUUCUCGACCAGAAGGCCGAUCUUGCUAUUGCCGAUUUGACAAUUACCUACGACCGCGAACAGGCGGUUGACUUCACAAUGCCUUUCAUGAACCUCGGAAUAAGUAUACUCUACCGAAAGCCGAUCAAGCAGCCACCAAACCUGUUCUCGUUUCUGAGUCCGUUGAGUCUUGACGUGUGGAUUUACAUGGCGACAGCUUACCUCGGAGUGUCGGUGCUGCUUUUCAUACUGGCCAGGUUCAGCCCUUACGAGUGGGAGAAUCCGCACCCCUGCAACGCGCAAUCCGAGGUCCUCGAGAACGAGUUCACGCUCCUGAACUCGCUCUGGUUCACCAUCGGCUCGCUCAUGCAGCAAGGCUCUGAUAUAGCUCCAAAGGCAGUAUCGACGCGAAUGGUUGCUGGGAUGUGGUGGUUCUUCACGUUAAUUAUGAUAUCAUCGUACACGGCGAAUCUGGCCGCCUUCCUGACAGUAGAACGAAUGGAUUCACCGAUCGAAAGUGCCGAGGACUUAGCCAAGCAGACGAAAAUCAAAUACGGUGCUCUGAGGGGCGGAAGCACGGCUGCCUUCUUCAGGGAUUCGAACUUCUCGACUUACCAGAGGAUGUGGUCCUUCAUGGAAUCCGCUAGACCGACGGUCUUCACGACGAGCAACGUCGAGGGCGUGGACAGGGUGGUCAAGGGUAAGGGUGGCUACGCAUUCCUGAUGGAAUCCACUUCGAUCGAGUACGUAAUCGAGAGGAAUUGCGAGCUGACGCAAGUUGGCGGUCUGCUGGACUCCAAGGGAUAUGGAAUCGCGAUGCCGCCAAAUUCACCGUACAGAACAGCGAUAAGCGGAGCCGUCCUCAAACUUCAAGAGGAGGGCAAACUACACAUACUCAAGACCAGGUGGUGGAAGGAAAAACGUGGCGGCGGAUCUUGCAGGGACGACACGUCCAAGAGCAGUUCGGCGGCUAACGAACUUGGCCUGGCGAACGUCGGUGGAGUAUUCGUCGUUCUUAUGGGGGGCAUGGGGGUCGCCUGCGUGAUAGCGGUCUGCGAGUUCGUAUGGAAGAGCCGGAAGGUCGCCGUCGAGGAACGGAAGCAGAAAUCAUCCGGCAAGCCUAUCUGCGAAGGUUUCACUGAUCUCCACUAGCUGCAUGUCGGGCGAUAUCUACACUUCGAAAACAGACUCCAAAACGAUCCAAAACGAGAUUGACACGUUGAAUAAUGACACAACGAGAUAAGAGGAGAUAAUGAAAUUGAGGGAAAGAGGGCUAAGAAAAUUGGCGAAGAAUAGACGAAAGUGCGAGAGACGGCGAUUGUUUGACGCGUUUAUACCUCGUUUCACGGUAAAGACGUGAUUGUGAGAUUAACGCGGACCUAAAUGAAGAAGAACUCCAUCGAAUCACUACGACGAUGAUAAUUUAUAAGCAGAAACUGAAAGCUACGACCUAACACUUGACCUCUCCACUAUUUCACAUUUCAUUUGAAAUC